CAAUAAUUAAAAUAUAUGGUUUUUUAAUAAAUUAAAACAUAGAAAUCUUUUUAAAGCUUAAAUUAUGUUGAUUUUUUUUAUUUUAAGAGGAUUGAGAUACUCUAUAUCAAAACAUUCUAUCUUUACUCUUUUUCAAGAUAGAAAAAACAGAUUUUAUAGGAAAUUAAUACAUAAUAUAGCUUCUAAAUUGGAUAAUAAGGAUUUUUCAGACUGUUUUUACUUGGAAAAACUCUUGGAUGGAUAUCAAAUUUUACUUAAUAAUAAUCCAUUUAAGACACCAUCAGGAAAGAAUUUUAAAUUUCCAUUGAGGAAACAUAAUCUGGCACAUUCUCUUUUAUCAGAAUGUCGCACUUCUUCUUCUAAUUUUUUUGAAUAUCACUCUUUACCAUUAGUAUCUUUAUCUUCUAGAGCAAUUGAUGUUUUUUCAGAGAAAAAAUACAGAGAAAAGGCUUCUAAUGGGCUUUUAAAAUAUUUAGAUACGGAUACAGUUCUAUCAUUUGCACCAAAGAAUGAAUCAGGGGGUGAUUUACUUAUUUUACAGAAGAAAAUGUGGGAACCUCUUCAUGAAUGGGCGCAAAAAUAUUGGAAUGUAGAAAUAUUAAAGACAAAUAAUGAUUUUGGAAUUAUAAUGAACCCACAGCCUGAAAAAACGAAGAAAUUAAUUAAGGAAUGGGUCUGUAAUCUUGAUCAAUGGCAAUUUGCAGCUCUUGAACGUGCAAUUUGUCUUAGUAAAAGUUUUAUUAUUGGGGCAAAAAUGGUAGCAACUGCAAACAGUCCAUCAAUUGAACGUUUAGAUGCUGAAAAGGCUUUUAAUUUGGCACAAUUAGAGAUUCUUUUUGAAAUAGAACGUUGGGGUAAAAUAGAUGAUACACAUGAUGUAGAGGAGAAAGAUAUAAAACGUCUUUUGGAAACUGUAUGUACUAUGCUAAAAGAUCAAGAAUAAGAUUUCUUAUUCUUACAAUUUUAUUUAUUUUUAUUCUCA